AUGAGUAGCCCAGCCCCGGCGAAGCCCCCUGAAGUAGCUCUUUCUGUUCAUUCGAAGGAAGAGCUGCAAGAUGUCGCCCUCCAUCGUCUCAACACUUCAACUCUCCCACAAUUAUUGGAGGCGGACACCAGGCCGAUAUUUAUACUGGAUAUCCACAAUGACCCUAGCGGAGCUGAGCACCCGGUUAAGCCUAUGUUUUGUAACUUUGCGUUGAGGAAGCAGGACCAAUUGCUGAGCCAGAUCACUGGCGCUAUAUCACAUGACCUUGAAAAAAGCCACGGCGGCGCAACGUAUAGAGAGUUCCGAACCUGGGCAACGAGGACCAAUAACUUCCAAGACUCUAGAGACAUCUCUCCCUUGACGAUUGAGUUUGCGGGCUUUAUAUGGUCGGAUUUCUGCAUCCGCCCUCAUUGGAGACUGAUCACUGGCCAUGCAAUCUUCCGUAACGAUGCCCAAGAGAGAGAAUCGUUGUCCGCACCCGCACCACGGCCCCAACAGAAAAGCCUUGGAGCUCCAACAAAGGAUGAAAAAAAGGCUUUGGCUUCCGCAGAGGCCAUUCCGACCCGGCAAAUCAUUGGAGAUGUCCAGCAGCCUAAAUCUUCUGAUAUGACUAUCGGCCCGGACCAAGAAAAGAGUUACAGGCCAACUGUGUCAGCCGUAACCCUGACGACGCCCGACGGUGCCAUACCUGAUUGGACUGUCCCGCAUCCAAAAGGCAUUCUUUCGGAUCAUCUUAAGUUUGUACGAAGUAUCGAUUGGUCCAAGACACCGUUGGGCGCUAUGAACACUUGGUCAAUGCAGUUCCGGGAGAUUGUUUGCUUGGUCAUGCGUAACCCUCACCCAUCCUCUGUCUUUUGGGGCGAGGAUAUGACUAUGCUCUACAAUGAAGCUUACAGAGAUGAUGUCGCGGGUGACAAGCACCCUGCUCUGAUGGGUACUGGGUUUACCGGUCCCUUCCGCGAGAUGUGGGGUACAACGGGCCCUACAGUCCGUGAAUGCGCUCGUACCGGUCAGUCUCAGCUCAAGAUCAACCAACUGUUACCAAUCCUGCGGUACGGUUAUCUGGAGGAAGCUUUUUUUACUUGGUCUUUUGUUCCGGUCUUUGGCGGCACUGAGCGCAUUCUUGGUUAUGUCCAAACACCUCCGUAUCAACAUCCAUAUUUUCAUGGCACCAGAGCUUGGCUAAUCGAUAUUUGGGUUUCAGUCUACAUGAACGCAUUUGAUACGACUGUUGAAUCCAUCAGCAGCAGAAGAAUGGAGUUGUUACGCUAUCUAGGCGAGCGUUUGAACGCAACACGCACCGUCAAGGAAUUCUGGGGUAGAGUUCUAGAGGGUCUAAGCCACAACGACUACGAUAUACCUUUUGCGCUUUUAUAUUCAAUCGUGGACAACGACGACCCCGAACAGAGUUCUUCGAAAUCGCCUACCGCUGGCCCGGAAUCUACGAAGAGUUGCAUCAUUGAAGGAUCUAUUGGAAUUCCAAGAGGCCGUGAGGUCUGCCCUGACAAGUUUGUCCUGGAGGAGAGCGAUAAUGUUUUGGUCUCAGCCUGCCUAGAAGCUAUCCAAACACUAGAGCCCAAAAUAUUGAAUGUAAAGAAAGGAAACCUUCCAAAGUCAUUACUAGAGAGUGUUGAAUGGAGAGGAUACAGGGAUCUCAGCACAGAGGCGGUGAUACUACCUCUCUGUCCGACAAACUCAGACAACGUUUGCGCCUUAUUGCUACUUGGCAUCAAUCCUCGCAGGGCUUACGACCAGGAGUACAAGACUUUUACGGAGAUGCUCAACAGACAGAUUUCCACUUCUUUAGCAUCGGUGCUUCUCUUUGAAGACGAGGUACGGCUGAGCAAACAUGCGGCCGAGGUGGCUACCCUGCAGCGAGAGUUGCUGUCUCAACAGCUCCAGCUGCAGACCAGUCGCAUGCGCAAGAUGACCGAGUUCUCGCCUUUGGGCAUGUUCUUGUUUGAUCCAGAAGGACGUCUGUUGGAGGCGAAUGAACGUUAUUUUGAAAUGACUGGACAUUCUCACAAAGACCUUGGCAAGGUCUGGUCUGACGAUCUGUUGGUUGAACCAAGCAGAAAGGCUUGCCGUGAACUGUGGACAAAGAUUGCGACGACGCACAAACCAGCCAGUUGUGAACUUCAGUUUAUAAAAUCCAGGUCCCAUAUUAAGGACAUUGACGGCGAGCCUAUUGAUUAUUGGGUUCUCAAAUCCAGCCAGCCAGAAUUGAGUGCAGAUGGCAGGCUUAUAAGCGUCAUGGGCUCAAUUACAGACAUCUCGCAUCUCAAAUGGGCCCAGGGCCUCCAAGAGCGACGGCUACGAGAAGCAGAAGAGGCCAAGCGUCAACAGAAUGAAUUCAUCGACAUGACGUCGCAUGAAAUGCGAAAUCCACUCUCUGCAAUUCUCAUUUGCGCAGACGAUAUCCGAGACACUUUGGCGCUCCACCCGUUCUCCUGCGACGAAGACCGAGACAUGGCCAAUGAUUGCAUUGAAGCUGCGAAAAACAUUGCGCUUUGUGUUCAGCAUCAAAAGUCCAUUGUCGACGACAUUCUCACGGUAUCAAAACUCGACUCGAAUCUUUUGCGCAUGAGUCCGAUUCCUUCGCAACCUAUUGUUCUCGUUCAACGUUCUAUGGCCAUGUCAGUAAGGUUCCGUCCAGAAGCUGAGGCCAAAGAUAUCGACUUUAAAUUUGAACCGCACCCAAGUCUGCGCGAGCUAGACAUUGACUGGGUGCUGCUUGAUUCUGGCCGACUGAUGCAGAUUAUUGUCAACCUCAUCACCAAUGCGAUCAAGUUUACCCACGAUCGUCGUGUACGCAUCAUCACGGUCCAUGUUUCUGCGCGCGCCAACAAACCGGACUUUGAUCCAGCCAAAGGGUUUGAUUUCGUCCCCCCGAGAAUCAAGGUCAAGGAUUUUGGCAACGGAGAAGACUGGGGCUCGGGCGAGCCGCUUUUUCUUCUAUUCCAAGUCCAGGAUACUGGUUGUGGCCUUACACCAGAGCAGAAAACACUAUUGUUUGAGAAGUUUGCUCAGGCGUCACCACGUACACAUUGCAAAUAUGGUGGCAGCGGUCUUGGGCUCUUCAUCGCACGCCGGCUUGCUGAGCUCCACGGAGGACAGGUUGGAUGUUCCUCGGAGGCCGGCGUCGGCAGUACCUUUGGUAUCUAUUUGAAAUGCAAACGCAUGAUGCCGCAGGAUGUCCGUCUACCUGAAGACGCAACCCAAAAGCCAUUGGAAGCGGAAUACACAGUUUCCCCACGCAAAGCACUAAGAACAUCACCUAAAGCGGGUCACCAACGUCUGAAGUCGACGUCAAUAUCACAUUCCAUCCAGGCAUCUAACCAGCAGAACUCCAAAGAAAAAACCCUCCACGUUCUCAUUGUAGAAGAUAACCUCCUGAAUCAGAGGCUACUCUGCAAACAGCUCAAGAAAGCAGGCUGCAUCGUAAGCACAGCCGAUAACGGCGUGCACGCCUUGAAGCACCUCGCCAACACGCGGUUCUGCGUCGCCAACGGCACACCCCUCACCAUUAUCCUCAUGGACUGCGAGAUGCCGGAAAUGGACGGCUUGACGUGUUGCAAGCGAAUACGGGAGAUGGAGCGGCACGGGCAGAUAACGGGGCAUGUUCCGAUUAUCGCUGUUACGGCGAAUAUUCGUGGGGCCCAGAUUGACGAGGCGAGGCAGUCGGGCAUGGACGAUGUGAUUGGGAAGCCGUUCAGGGUACCAGAUCUGCUGGCCAAGAUGAGGGGGUUGUUGAGGAGACUAGAGGAGGGUUGA